AUGUCAGAGGACUCGUAUCCAGCAUCCAAAUCACCUAAGCCAUCUGUCUUGGAAGUAUUAGCAGCCGAUGUUAUGGGUCCAUUCCGUGAAGCAUCUAGAGAUGGGUCUAUUUACUACUUGGCUGUCCUAGAUAUUGGUAGCCACUAUGGUUGGAUUAUUCCAUUGAAGAAAAGGGCAGAUGCUACUCGUCGCAUUGCAGAUCUCAUUCGCCUCCUAGAGACUCAAUAUAGUGACCGUAAAAUUAAGGGCCUACAGACCGAUAAUGCUCCUGAAUUCACCGGUAAAGCCAUGCAGGAAUUCUUACGUAGUCGAGGGAUCAUCCAUCGACACACUAUGGCAUACUCGCACGCGCAAAAUGGUGCCAUAGAACGAUACAACCGCACUAUCCAAGAACAUAGUAAAACAAUGUUGGAUGCUGCAAAUUUGGAUUCUCGUUUUUGGGUUGAUGGUAUGCUCACGGCUGUCUAUUUGGAAAACCGGACUACAACCAGUGCUCUCAAAGCUCAUAUAACACCAUACGAAGCUCUCAACGGCAAGGCUCCAACUUAUGAUAAUCUUCGUAUCUUUGGGUGUGAUGCCAUCUGCCACGAUCCAACACAGCUCGAUAAACAGAAUCCACGAGCCAUAGAUGCUGUCUUUAUUGGCUACGAACCUACUCCAUUUGAAUCAAUUAGAGGCUGGCGUUUCUGGGAUUUAGAUUCACAAAAGGUUUUUUAUUCACGAAAUGUGAUUUUCUUGGAAGAAUCUAAUGAUACCAUGCCAACACCUACAUUGGCGAUCGUAGCAGGUAUGGAUGAAUCUGGUAAAUCAAGUGUAUCUCCGGCAUCAAGUCCAUUGGCUGCGAAAAACACUGAUAAUCAGCUCUCGACGAGAUCAGACUUUAUGGAAUUCCUCGAUGAAUCAGCAUCCGACACCGAUAAAAUUCCACUUCCUUAUCGCGCUCCAUCUCUUCAACUGGUUUUGAGAGCUUUAGCAAGGAAUCCUGGCCAGCAACGUCGUGUAGAAGUCCGAACACCUUCUCCAGAGUACGAAGAUGUUAAUAGUAACCAUGAUGGUGAUCGAGACGACGCCUCUCCUGAGCCAGAUCCUGCUCCCGCUCCAGGUUUUAAUGAAGACGAAGAGGAAAACCAACCUCGUCGUAGUCGUCGUGAGAAUGCUGGGAAGAUUAAACCAUGCUGUAUCGUCAAUGCUGCUACCCUUAAAGACGCGCCCAGUAACCAUACCAACAGUAUUAUCGUACCUCACUCCUAUAAAGCUGCCAUCAAGUCUGAUGAGGCUACAUCAUGGAUCAAUGCUAUGUCUGAAGAAGUAUCUGCACUGGUCGCAAAUGACACUUGGGAACUAGUAGAAGCUCCUCGCUCAGCACGCAUUCUUCCUGGCAAGUGGGUAUACACUCCCAAACCAGAUGAGUACGGUAUUGUCACUCGGUAUAAAGCUAGGUGGGUAGUCCAAGGAAAUCGUCAGAUUGACGGAGUCGACUUCACCGAGACGUUUGCUCCAACAUCUCACCUUCCAACACUCCGAAUUCUUAUCUCGUUGAUUGCUGCUCAUGGCUGGCAUUCUAGCACUUUGGACAUUACUACUGCUUUCUUAAAUGGUGAAAUAUCUGAAGAGGUGUAUGUGCGUCAACCAACUGGGUUUGACGACGGGACUGAACGUGUCUGCCGUCUUCACAAAUCACUGUAUGGCCUUCGUCAAGCUCCUCGUGUAUGGUUUCAGCUGCUAUCCUCUUGGAUGUUGGAGCAUGGUCUUUUGCCGUCUAAUGGUGAUCCGUGUCUGUAUGUAGGCAAGUCUAGUCAUGGUCAAGAUAUCUAUGUCCUGGUACAUGUUGAUGACUUCUUGAUCGCAUCGUCUUCUGCAGAAGCAAUUGCUGAACUAGAGUCAUCCUUGGAGUCAUCGUUUCGUUUGAAGAAGGGAGGGGACCUUAAGAAUAAAAUCUACAUGUCUCAAGUCAAAUAUGUUGACGACAUUAUCGGGGCAUUUGGAAUGACUGAUUGUAAAGCCCAGCCGACACCUCUAGCACCAGGAUAUGAUACUCCACAACCAGACUCACCACCUUACUUAAUGACUGCUGUCUCAAUUCUGGCCAAGUACUCAUCUAAUCCUACCCAGUAUCAUUGGGCUGGUAUUAUCCAUGUCCUUAGCUAUGUAAAAGGUACUCGUGAAUACCGACUUAGUCUUGGUGGUGCUGAUCUGCUAGUUUACUCAGAUGCGGACUGGGCCAAAGACGUCAAAGAUAGAAUCUCUAGAUCUGGUGUCGUAACAUUGAUAGGGACUGGAGCC